UUCACCCUCUUGACAUAUUGAAGAUAUCGCCUAUCAGAUGCUUUGGUAGGAUAUCUGUUGCCAAUUGUUCGUUCCAGAUUAUAUAGUCUACGAAUGGUCUGAACCCAACAGGGAACUUGAGGAAUCUGCUUCUCAUCAUUAUUCCGGCGAUCUGUAAGGAAAAAGUAGUCCAUUUGGGGAUCCCGAGUCAUGCGAGAAAUAUGGGCUGGGUUAUGUCUCACUCUCAAUGGCUAUCGGAGCCGUUUACAUAUGGACCUACGUUUACAAUCUUAUGCGGAUGCUAGCAACCAGAGCCAAGGAAAUCGAAAUCAGAACCUCCUCUGUAGAAUCCAGCUACGAGAGUUGUGCUGUGCCAUUGAUUCCUUCCAAGGAUGGAGAUGGAAACAAGGUCGGACGUGGGGCAGAUUCAGGCAAAGAUUGUGUUCAGUGGCAGAGAAAAUCAAUUGAAGGACUAUAUUUGCUCCGUCAACUAUCGCAGCGAUUAUUGCACUUGUGGUUGGCCUCAUUCCUCCCAUAAGGAAACUUCUAAUCGACAGCACAGCUCCUCUCCAUGUGAUUGAGGACUCUGUCUCUCUCGUCGGGUAAAAAACCAAAAUCUUAGUCU